ACGCCAUUGGUCCUUUCGGUCACGUGAGCAAAAUGGCGGCGCCCCAAAAUGGCGGAGACUCCGACCCGCAGAAAGAAGCAAAGCGGCUGAAAACGGAUGAAAAUGAUGCUGGAAAUGAAGGCGAGCCCACAGCAGAGAUGUCCAUUUCGGGCUUUGAAGUGGGACGGAUCCUCCGCGACUCUGCUAGGGAGAAAAACAUUUUCGUACACGGAAAGAUUGAUGACCAGGAGGCUAUUAUCAUUCUGGAGAAAACACCGAUCACACAGGAUGUCCUUCCAGAGAUGUUGAAGAACAGCACACAGAUGCUGGAGAUGAGGAACGACAUCUACAGCACCUACCAGCUCCAACCGCCACCGCGUCUCAACGGAAUUAAGACCACUGUGAUCUGCCCGGCAACGGAGAAACACGUGAAGAAGUAUCUGCGUCAGGAGACGUUCCUCAUUGAGGAGACUGAGGAUGACUAUCAGUCCAUCACGCUUCCCUACAUAAACAGCCAGAGCUUCAGCGUGCAGUGGGUCUACAACAUCUUGGAAAAGAAAGCGGAGGCUGAUCGGAUUGUUUUUGAAGAUCCAGACCCGCAAGUUGGUUUCGUCCUGCUGCCAGAUUUCAAAUGGGACCAAAAGCAGCUCGAUGACUUGUAUCUGAUUGCAAUCGUACAUCGAAGGGACGUAAAGAGUUUGAGAGAUCUCACGCCUGAUCAUCUUCCUUUACUGAGAAACAUCCGUGAGAAAGGACUGGAGGCCAUCAUGAAGCGCUUCAGCGUCCCGGCGUCUAAACUGCGAGUGAUGCUGCACUACCAGCCGUCCUACUACCACCUCCACGUGCACUUCAUUUCGCUGGAUUACGAAGCUCCGGGGUGCAGCGUGGAGAGAGCGCACCUGCUCAUCGACGUCAUCCAGAACCUGCAGGACGACCCUGAGUACUACCGCAAACACACACUGACCUUCCCGAUACGGGCGGACGACGCACUGCUGACCAAGUUCAAAGAAGCAGGGAGAGUCUAGAUUAUUCCUUUUUUAAAACAUGGUCAACUGUGUGUGUGUGUGUGUGUGUGUGAAGGGCAUUUGUGUCUUACUGUAAUCCUGACAAAGUCUUCUCCGAUUUGUCUCAGUUGUGUAUUUUUCCACAUGUAUGUAAUGUAAACUUUGAUAUGUGUGUUUUUUUUUU